AACCCACUAAAAUAUUCUGGUGAGAGCCUCUAAGAGGAAUCUUAUAUCCUUCCUGCCCCACCAGAGUGGGAAUGAGAAGAUUGUUGUUUUUAUCCAACGGGAAACUGUGGCCUAUGGGAGGAUAUGAGAAGAGGAAGAUUUGAGCUCUCCAUGGAUGCAGCUAUAUUUUCUCCUCCCUCCUCAUAGCUAAUAACAUCUUCUGACAGAUACUUACAGGGUUCAUUCAGCAUUUGAAAUCGAUAGCUCCCAGGAAUAACUGGAACGUAUGGAGAUCUAAUCAACAUCCAUAUUCGACAGAGUAGCCGAUCAGACAAACCCCAAACCAAAUCGCCAAUAGACAAUCCAUAGAAGACGGAUGAAGUUCCUGAAGCACUACGAUAAAGAACGAGUAAAAAUGGCCAUCCUGAAGCAUGAAGAAACCUUCAGACAGCAGGUCCAUGAACUCCAUCGCUUGUAUAGAGUUCAGAAGCUACUAAUGAGUGAUAUGAAGAGCACAAAACUGAAGAAACAAAAAGAUCUUGCAUGUUCCAAAGUUAAUCUCAAUACGUGGAAUGGGGAGAAUGAGACAGGUUCAUGUCACCCAAGUUAUAACAACCACCAUCAGAGAAGGCCUCGUCGGCCGCUAAAUCUGGAACUCCCAGCAGAAGAGUACAUAGAAAAUGCUGAAGAAGAUGUGAUGUUAGAGAUCGAACAAGAAAGUGACGUAGAGCUAACGCUGGCCAUAGGAGGCAGCCGGAGUGAGAGACACGGAACUCCAGGAACGAGCUUUUCCUCAUCUUCCACUGGGUCAAGUGGGGUGAAAUCGAGAGGCCAUGAAGGGGGAGUGAGCCAGGCGCCAGAUAUAAACGUCAGCGUUGCAAACGAGAGGAACAGUCCCUUUAAUGUUGGAGAAGGAAUGAGACAGGAUAGAGUAAAGCCGUCACCUUGGCUCUUCCAAUGUCUGAGCCUCAAGAUGGCGUGACCUUCGUGGAUUGCAAAUGUUUGUUAUAGUUUGGCAGUCGAUGGCAUUUGGUAGCUUCUUAGAUUAAAGCCUUCAGUCUUUUAUGCACAUCUGCUGACCAAACCAUGGGUGAUGCUUGAGUUGACCAUCUGGCUUGUGCUGAAACAAAGUGGUCUUAAAUUCCUUUUUUUUUUUUUUUGUAACGUAUGAGAAACAGGUUGACCAGUUUUGCAACAUGAGGACUUCCUCUUUACCGCUA